AUAAAUAUAUAUAUAUUUCUAUAUAUAAUAUAACCGGCUGGUUGCUUUUUAUGCAAAAAAAAAAGACAAAACGGGAUUGGAUUUCCACUCAUAAAGAAGGAAGGCCGUUAAGGUCUUUGACAGGGUUGUAUUUUUGGUUGAAAUGGGAUGGUGUUCAAACUCCCGAAAUGCAGUCUAGGCAGCGGGCCCUCCCCUUUCUGACUGGACUGACUCGGGGAAGGGUCAAUCUCCUCCGGAGCAUGCUUCACAGCCACUCAUUCGUCCUAACCAAAUAGUAGAAUCUCUCUCUCAGCAAUUCUUUUCUCCGCUAAUCACCCCUUCCCAACCAGCCCGCCCGAUCGAUCAACUAAGAUCGGCUAAUUCAAAGGGGUUAAUCUGGUCCGAAGUUGUCGGAACGAAUCGUUUGCUUUAUCGAAAAAAGCUUUAUUAGGGGGUCUUGGUGGGCCCCCUUUUCAACCAUUACAGCUGGCGUCGACCAGCUUUGCGAUACGGACGGACACCAAGAAGAACGCAGGCAGCGGAAAUGCAAAAGAAAAGAGCAAAGAUUCCCGACCUAGGGCAUGUUAUUGACUCAACCACAAAUCUGUUGAAUGAAGGUAGCUUGCUUACUCUCAGCCACUAGUUAGACGGAAAUCCCUUGACUUCGCUUAUGUCCUUAUGUAGUAAAGAAAGUGAGGCGGGCUAAGAUUCCAUUCGAAGUAAGGUAACAGGAUUCGAUGUUGCACCAUCUUCAACUCUUAUCGAGAUCCGGAGUUUUUCGAGAAAAGGUCCCAUCCUUCAAUAUCAUGAUUGGGUCGACCAGGCCAGAUCAUGAGUGAAUAGAAAAUCGAAAAUGUACAUAGCUGUUCCAGCUGAAAUACUUGGAAUAAUUCUACCACUUCUACUAGGAGUAGCCUUUUUAGUGCUAGCUGAACGUAAAGUAAUGGCUUUUGUGCAACGUCGAAAGGGUCCUGAUGUAGUGGGAUCGUUUGGAUUGUUACAACCUCUAGCAGAUGGUUUGAAAUUGAUUCUAAAAGAACCUAUUUCACCAAGUAGUGCUAAUUUCUCCCUUUUUAGAAUGGCUCCAGUGACUACAUUUAUGUUAAGUCUGGUCGCUUGGGCCGUUGUACCUUUUGAUUAUGGUAUGGUAUUGUCAGAUCCGAACAUAGGGCUACUUUAUUUGUUUGCCAUAUCUUCGCUAGGUGUUUAUGGAAUUAUUAUAGCAGGUUGGUCUAGUAAUUAGGGGGCGGCCGUUCGGUCGCCUAUGAUACUAGGAUCCAUAGGUCCAAAAUGGGUUUGUGCCGCAGGUGUUGAACGAUAUACUCUACACAGGUGUGGGCUUACAGGGCUAGGGCUCAUAAACCCUUUCUUUCAUUCAUCAAUAGGGCCCUGGUCGGUCACUUUUCUGGGCCGGGGAAGUCAUAAAAAAGAGAUCUUUCUCUUCGCACCUCAGAUCAAGAGGAAGGGUUGCUUGUCAAGCUGGCCUAUAAUAUAAUUCAAAAAAAGAUAUAAUAUAAAUAAAAAGAUUCGCUUUUAACCGGCUUUUCUUCUUUGUCAACGCUACUAAGGACCUUAUAGGUUUGCCUACUUGACUUAUGAAAGAUAAUGAGAAUGGGUUAUUCAAACAAAAAGGAAAAGGCCCUACUUAGGUUUCGCAAGCCUUUGUCAUUGUCAGUCAACUAAGUAGGGCCUGAGGCCCCCUUCGAAUCCGUAAAUCUGAGGAGCAUGCCGCAACAAAAGGAUGGUCCCCUAUGCAUUUCAUUUUAUCCGAAAGGGAAAAAAAAAGUACCCCCCAUCAUAGUGAACCUCUCCUUGUGAUCGGGAUGAGAUAGAUGCCUCCCGGCCGGGGGGCGGAUCGAAUCGGAGUUUCCUUAGGUAACCACCGACCUACAGUUAUCCUUAAACUUCCGUGCUUGGUGGAGAAGAAGCGAACAAAGGUACGCUCGCUUGCUGUCUUGUUCUCUGUCGCGAACUGGGAUUGCUCGCCAGCUAGGUCAGAUUGGAGCAAGAUUCAAAGAGAAUAUAUUACCCUAAUUCGGGGACAAGGGGCGGAACGACCUCUCGAUCUACUUACUGCAGCCCAGGAAUGAAUAAAAACGUCGUCUAGGCCUUCCCUCUUGCUCCGAUCUCCCCUACGCCUAGGACGUUGUCUGGGCCAAGAGCCA